AAAAUGUGUACUGGAGGAGAAUCAGUUCUUGUUUCGGUUUACUCCGGUAUCCUGGUACUACUGGGUAUUAUGAUGGUUCUUUUCGGAGCUUUGGAUCUAUCAUUAGCUGAGGAUGUGCACAACAUAUGUACAGAGACUUCUUUUCAAGGCAGCUUCCUUAUUCUAGGAGGUAUACUGCUAAUUGUUGGGUUAAGUAUAAGAAUAAUAGUAUACAGCAAGGUUGAUGAAUAUAGUUCUGAAGUACAAGCGAACCCAGGAAAUCAAGAAAGUUCUAGGCGAGCUAAGAAGGGGGUUUAUUGUUUACAAGUUCUAGAUAAUAUAUUGGUUUCCUUAGGAACAGUUUGGUCAAUGGCGGGAUUAAUACUGCUCAUCCUGGAUUUAACAAAGAAGCAAAAAGCCCACUGUCCACAGAAUGAGUUCAUGAUGGUGUCCCUUCUCAUAUUCGUGGUUUUAGGAUUCAUCAUUACAUCUCUCUCUUUGAUCCUCGUAUUGUUUACCUGGGGUGGAUUAUGCUGUGUUGGGUGGGUGGAGAUACCUGACUCUAACCAGUACCUGGAGAACAGAUGGGGGAUUAACAGGAAGAUUGUCGUUAGGACAAUACGACGGGUGAAUAGACCACAGGCUGGUGUACAUCCGCCUUCAUUCUACUAGAGGCAGCUGUACCUUAAUCUACAUUCUAAAAGAGGCAGCUGUACAUUCAUCAUCAUUCUACUAGAGGCAGUUGUAACAUAAUCUACAUUCUACUAGAGGCAGCUGAACCUUAAACUACAUUCUAGAGGCAGCUGUACAUUCAUCUACAUUGUACUAGAGGCAGCUGUAACUUAAUCUACAUUCUACUAGAGGCAGCUGUACAUAAAUCUAAAUUUUAGUAUAGGCAACCGUACAUUCAUCUACAUUCUACUAGAGCUAGCUGUACAUCCAUCUUUAUAACUUUAUAUUAUAUUAUUUCUCCAAUCCAUAAUAAAGAUAUUCAUCAUAUAUAA